AUGCUGAUCGACGGCAAAAAGUGGGCGUGCGAAGCUUGCAUACGAGGCCAUCGUGUGACCAGCUGCAAACACCAUGAUCGACCGUUGAUUCGCAUCAAGCGCAAAGGUCGCCCUUUCGCAACAUGCACAGUGUGCAAUGCAACACCCUGCACAGCUCCAAUCGAGCACGCGCGCGCAAAACGCGACGCAGAGCUCAAAUGUCCAAAAAAAGCCUCAAACGCAAGACUCUAUCCGCGGCAUCAUAGCACGAACGGUUUCCUUCCUAUUGCGCCUCGACCCGGUCCUGGCUCUGCCUCGGCUUCGGCCUCCGCUUCGGUGUCGAGGUCCAAUUCUGUCAACGAGAAGGAGAAGGCUUCAAAUAAGGUGAAGUCUAGGUCGGGAUCUAAACAGGAUGCUGUGGACGUGGUGCCUUCGCGCUCGGCUUCGUCUGCUUCGUCUGUUGGGAAGACACCCGUGUACCAUGAUGCCGUUGGAGCAGGAGAUUGGUCUGGCUCGGAAGGGUCGUUUUCUGGGUAUGAGUCCUCGGGUCGGACUGUCUCGUUCUCUGCGCCGAGAGGACAGAGCGAUUCGACACAGACCUUGCAGGUCGCGCAGAGUAGUGCGCUGCCGCACUCUGCGCCUGGGUCUUUGUGCGACUACCCCAUAUUCACCGGCGCCGAGAGCACUGCUGUAAAUGGUUUGUUCGACUCGGCAUACUCGCUUUUGCCUUCGACCUCUGCUGUUUUGGAGUCUCAGUCCGCUCAGACAAUGCCAAUGGUUAGUCCUUUGGAGGAGGUAAAUCCCCUUGAAUUUCCACUCGACCCGACGCUGGCGUUGGGAUAUAGUGAUUUGGAGGAUAUGAAUAUGGACUUGGGGUUGCCGGCCGUGGAGGGAGCGUUUCAUGUGGAGGAUUGGUCGAGGUACAUGUGGUCAGCCGAGACUGGAUUUGAGCAUUUGGAUACAGGGUUUCCCCUGGCUCAAUAA